UGGUUGGCCGUGCUCUCGGCUGGUUGUUCGCUAGUUCGCUGGCCAUCCGUUUGUGCGUGUCCGUGUGUGUAUGUGUGUGAGUGCGCGUGUGACUUGUCAUGUUGAGGUGCCCAUUUGCCGACGGGAAAAAGUUUACCCCCGAGGAACACUGCGGCUUCCCGAUUGCGUGAAGGAAAAAGCUGCGCCCCCUUUGCCGAUGGCGCGCGCGGUGCCUUGUGGGUGAGUUGCAUCUGGGCAUGAUGGGUCCCCUAGUGCCGCGUUGAUGGUGCAGCGGGGCAUCUGCUCCGGUGCGGCGGCGGUGACGUCAUGAAUGACGCCGCGGACGACGAAGGGGGCGCCACCGUUGACGCGACCGCGCUCUACCUGGCCCAGCUGAACCAGCGCAUACGGCGGGGAUGCACGGCCCACGCGGAUCCCGCAGGCCGCAUUUACUACAUGAACCACGAAACGCGGACGUCAUCGUGGUUGCCCCCGGUGGACUCGUGGAGCUCGGCAUGUACGGGGCUGCCCUACGGCUGGGAGGCGGCCGUCGACAAGAGCGGCAGGACGUACUUCAUCAAUCACGUGAGCAAAACCACCACCUAUGAGGAUCCUCGUAAGGACUACGAGGAAGAGCCGCCCCCGUCUCCCAGAGAAGUGGAGCUCUUCCGGGAUCCGCAGCUGGGCUUUGGCUUUGUGGCCGGAAGCGAGAAGCCCGUUAUUGUGCGCUUCGUGACCGAAGGUGGCCCUAGCGAACACAAACUCCAACCUGGGGAUCAAAUUCUUGGUAUAAACGGCGAAGAUGUCAAGAACGCGCCCCGGGAGCACGUGAUUGAGUUGGUCAAAUCAUGCAAGCUCUCUGUCAAGUUGGUUGUCUGUCAACCUCAUGUGAACAAUACAACAAGAAAGUCAGCCCUUCUAACUGCAGCAAAGAAAGCGAAGUUAAAGACGAAUCCCUCGAGGGUUCGUUUUGCGGAAGGUGUUGUCAUCAAUGGUUCACCUCUUUAUUCCCCAUCUACGUUCGAGUCGUGUGUUCCCUUUCUGCCCAAUGUUAUGAAAGUGUUCCUUGAAAAUGGUCAAACCAAGUCUUUCAAAUAUGACAGCUCGACCACUGUGCAGGAUGUCCUCAAUUCUCUCCAAGAGAAACUCUCUGUGAAAGCCAUGGAGCAUUUCGGCCUUGUAGUGGAACACAUUAAGUCAGUUCGUCGGAACAAGCUCACUCUCCUUGAUCCAAAGGACUCCCUGGCAAAGAUUGCAGCACGGCCUGGUGCUCACCACUUGCGGUGCUUGUUUCGAGUUGCCUUCGUGCCGCUUGAUGCGUAUGACCUGCUGCAAAAGGACCCUGUUGCCUUUGAGUACCUCUUCAUGCAGUGCUGCAAUGACAUGGUUCAGGAAAGGUUUGCUCCGGAACUCAAAUACGAUGUGGCCCUCAAGCUAGCCGCCUUGCAUAUCCACCUGCAUGCACUCAGCAGUGGCAUCCAGGGCAAGGUCACCAUCAAGUCAGUCGAGCGGGAGAGUGGACUCAAGCGGUUUGUGCCCGGCUCACUGCUGGAGACGAUGAAGCGAAAAGAGCUGCGCAAGCUUCUGAGUCACUUCCUCAAGCAGAACCAGGCAACACUGUGUGCCCCUGGACAGAAGCAGCUGACACCUCUGCAGGCCAAACUGCACUACCUCAAGGUCAUCAGUGAGCUCUCCAGCUAUGGUGCCAAGGUGUUCGCCACCAGCACCAAGGACUCUAGCACCGAGACGGGAAUAAUGAUAAGCCCAAAGUUCGGAAUCAGCCAGAUCAACAAUGCACGUGGAACAGUGCCUAUUCAACCUGUAACAUUGGCUCAAAUAGAAGAGGUGUCAUCCGUCACAGUCACAAGGGAUGAGGACCUUGCCUGCCAUGUUGAGAUCAACAUCAAAGACCCAGACAAAGAGAAUCUCAAAUUUGGACUGGAUGACCAUGAAACAUCUGAGCUGGUGUUCAUCCUCAAGGGGUACCACAAACUGUUGGCGUCACGAGACCUUCCUGUUCACUGGGAGACAGAGGAUCCAUGGAAAGUUGAAACGGCACCAUGCUUCCAUGGAACCCACAUUGUGUGCCCAACUCCCUGGAGUUACACACCCUCGGAGGAGACUCCAAAUGGCCCAAUGGUGAAGAGUGUGGAUUUGGCCCUGCCGCCCCCAGCUUAUGUUCCUUGCGAGCUGCCUGACCGCGGCAUGUCGCGGAGUAGCUCGCGGGAGCAGUGCUCUCUGGUGGCCCUUUCCAACUCGGUGGACCACAACAUGAACGAGACAAGUCCUUUGCAGCCACUAAGCCCAAGCCGCGUCCUUCGCUCACCUGUGCUCGGUGCAAGCAAGAUGGAACAACGCUCUCUGCUGCUGACAUCCAAUGGCCACCAGCAGGCUUCAGACUCCGCAUCUUCUACAGCAGAUGACGACUCUGAGGAGCGAUCGGUCAAGUUCGACAUCAUGGAUGACGAUGAUGAAGAGGAGGAGGAGGAGCCUGUUGUACUUGAAGUGAAAAAUGAGGAGGUGCUGCGUAGGGUGUCAGAGAUGCGGCGGAUGGUAGCAGAUGCUGAAAGCUAUCUGUCUGACGGCAACCGGCCAGCAAAUCAGCCACCGCUUCCAGCCAACGAGUCGACCAGCAGCGAAGAGCGCGAGGCAGGCGGCCCCACCAUCCGUGCGGCCGACUCACUCUUGCUGCUCACGCAGCUGGAUGACGUGUCGGAAGCACUCAAUGAAGUUGCAGCUAUGGCUCCAGACGAAGCUGCAAGUGAGUCAGACACAGACAGCUUCAGCACGCCAACGCAGAGCCCUCUCCACCGAACCUCGAGACUUGCCGCGACAACAGAGCCGUCUGCUCCAAACAAGCGUGGACGCAGCGGCUCCAGUUUUGGCCUUCACAGUCCAGAUAUGCUGCCAGGGAUAGGAUCUGGAGACCGUGAUCUUCUUGAGUUGCUGAAGCAGCUGCAGUCAAACCCUGACAUCCAGCUCCCAUUUGAUGAGGGAACGCUGUACUUGGACCCGGACAUUAUUGAUCUGACCAUGAUCCCGCCUCCGAUGACGCCUGAUGCAGAUGCCAUGGGAGAUGUCCCAGGCACGCUGGACGUGCCUCCAAUGCCUUUCUCGGAUCGUGGUUUCCCGGGUAAUCCUGCCUUGACAAACUGCACACUACAGGCCACUGACACCGACCAGGUCGACUCGGCGCGAGUAGUGGCCGAAUUGGACAACCUGCUGUGAUGCACUGACCGAGAUGCGUGCUUCGGGCAAUGAGCUGGGCUGCGACGCCAUUUUUCAGCAGCUGGGCUGCCAAGAUCUGGAGAGCUUCAUCGCGAGUGUGACUGUGCCCCCGCCCCCAACGUUAUCGGAUGACAUGCCCCCGAUGCUACUGCCAGACAGCGAUGACGACAUCGCCUCAUACAUCAUCCCUCCGCCACCUCCGAGCUGCGACGAAGAGCAGAACGAAGUGCUGGCCCGCUUCGAGCGUGCUUCUGAGGACAUGCGUCGCUUCAUAGGCGGUGCCAGCACGGAAGUCAACAG